AUGAAGCUCAACAUCUCCUACCCGGCCAAUGGGUCUCAGAAGAUCAUCGAGGUUGACGAUGAGCGCAAGCUCCGUCCCUUCAUGGAGAAGCGCAUGGGAACCGAAGUUGCCGGCGACUCUCUCGGUGACGAGUUCAAGGGUUACAUCCUCAAGAUCACCGGUGGUAACGACAAGCAAGGUUUCCCCAUGAAGCAGGGUGUUCUCCUCCCCACCCGUACCCGCCUCCUCCUUGCCGAUGGCCACAGCUGCUACCGCCCCCGCCGCACUGGUGAGCGCAAGCGCAAGUCCGUCCGUGGUGCCAUCACCGGUCAGGACCUCGCUGUUCUUGCCCUGAGCAUCGUCAAGCAGGGUGAGGGUGAGCUCCCCGGUCUCACCGACACCGUUGUCCCCAAGCGCCUCGGCCCCAAGCGUGCCACCAAGAUCCGCCGCUUCUUCGGUCUCGACAAGAAGGACGACGUCCGCAAGUUCGUCAUCCGUCGUACCGUCACCCGUGAGGGCAAGCCCGACUACACCAAGGCCCCCAAGAUCCAGCGUCUGGUUACUCCCCAGCGUCUCCAGCGUAAGCGCCAGCGCAUUGCCCUCAAGCGCCGUCGUGCUGAGGCUGCCCGCGAGGCUGCUAACGACUACGCCAAGCUCCUUGCCAGCCGUGUCCACGAGGAGAAGGCCAAGCGCGAUGAGCUCCGCAAGCGGAGAGCGUCUUCGAUGAGGAAGUAA